CUCUCUCUCUCUCUACGUACGUAACGUGAAGUAGCGUGUGUUAGGCCCCGCCCCCGAGCGCAGGGCUUUAUAAGGGCUGCGCUGCGUCUUCCUGCGUCUCUGGAGUUCGGAACGCGUUAGAGACGCACAUCUUUUCACCCGCUACUGCGAAAUUACAGCUCAGAAUGUCUGACGAGGGGAAGCUGUUUGUCGGCGGUCUGAGUUUCGAUACCACCGAACAGUCGCUAGAGGACGCCUUCUCCAAAUAUGGCGUCAUCACCAACGUUCACGUGGCCAGGAACCGAGAAACCAACAGAUCCAGAGGAUUCGGUUUCGUGACCUUCGAGAAUCCAGACGAUGCGAAGGACGCGCUUGAAGGAAUGAAUGGAAAGUCUGUGGACGGCCGGACGAUCCGUGUGGACGAGGCUGGGAAGGGCGGCGGCGGUGGAGGCCGGUCCGGCGGUGGAUCCUACAGAGGUGGAGGAGGACGAGGAGGUGGAGGCGGAGGCUUCUUCAGAGGCGGCCGAGGAAGAGGAGGCGGGGGCGGCUAUGGUGGUGGAGACCGCAGUUAUGGGAGUGACCGAAGCUACUGCGGCGGUGGAGGAUAUAAGAGUGGUCGUUGUGGUGAAAGUGUGGUUGUU